AUAGAAAUAUGACUAAUUUGUCUUACGUGAUUGCUUGACAUAUUAAUUACGAUGUAAACAAAAUUACAAAGACUGAAUAUAAAAGUUCAAAGUAUACAGGAGAAUUGAAAUGAGAACAGUAGAGAAAUAAUAGUACCAGUAGAUAGAUAUUUCAAUUUAAAAGUGAAAAGUUGAGAGCUUUGUGCAAUGUUAGCUUCGAUAGAACAUAAAUUCGAAAAUCAAAAUAGCAAAAUACGUCACCAAUGCGAUUAUUGCGGUAAGAUUUUAUCAACUAAACGAAAUUUGAACAAUCACGUGGAUGGUGUUCAUUUGAAGCUAAAGAAAUUUGUUUGCGACGAUUGUGGACAGUCUUUUGUCAUGAAAGAACGUUUGAAUAAGCACAUUAAGAAUGUCCAUCAAAUAAUAAAAAAUCACUCUUGCGACGCGUGCGGAAAGAAUUUUUGUUAUAAAAGUGAGUUAAUUAGACACAUUGAUGAAAUCCACGAAAAAAUCAAAGAUCACAAAUGUGAAGAGUGUGGCAAGUCUUUUGGGCGAAACAGCUGUUUGAUGAGACACAUCGAUGCAGUUCAUUUAGAACUGAAAGAACACAUGUGUGAGGAAUGUGGGAAGCCUUUUGGUGAUAAAAUUAACUUGAAUAAACACAUUGAUGUAGUACAUAAAAAUAUCAAAGAUCACAAAUGCUUCGAGUGCGGCGAGUCGUUUGGAUAUAGAAUGAAUCUGAUGAGGCACACCGAUGUAGUUCAUUUGAAACUAAAAGAACACAUAUGUAAGGAAUGUGAAACAUCUUUUGGAUAUAAACGUGACUUAAAUAGACACAUUGCCGAAGUACAUAAAAAAGUUAAAAAUUACAAAUGCGAGGAGUGUGGCAAGCUUUUUGUACGGCAAACCCAUGUGAUGAGGCAUAUAGAUGUAGUUCAUUUGAAUCUGAAAGAACACACGUGUGAGGAAUGUGGGAAAUCUUUUAGUGAAAAAAGCCACUUAAACAAACAUAUUGCCACAGUUCAUAAAAAAAUAAAAAAAGACAAGUGCGAAGAUAUAUCGAGUUUUUUUCCACAAAUGAUUACUUUAAAGCACCCUCAGGUGCAAUUCAUUAAAAAAUAAAAGAACACAUCAGAAAAGAAUGUUGCAAAGCUUUUAGUCCGAUUACUAUUUUUCAGAAGCACGUAAUCGCAACUCAUCGACAUAUUAAAAAAUUAAGAAAAAUCACGAAAAAACGGACCCUGCAUUCGGAUUCAGCGACUG